CAAAAAUGCGUAUUCUGCGCGGGUCGUGCAUGCAGUGAGGUAUACUGGACAAAGCGCACGAUUUAGGCUGUACGAGGAGAAUAUCGAACGACUUCACUAUAGGGUUCUCCGCAUGCUGCAGGGGGAGACAAGAACCCUCACCAGAAGCUGUAGCGUUCGCUCACCGGUUCAAGCACACCGCGCCAGAGGCGAUGGGAUCUGACCGGCAUACUGAUACGCUUUGCAAGCAGCGUCCACACGACCUCGGCAACCGCGUCAUCGGCGCUGGAAAGCCCAGCAGACACAAGAACACCUCUCCCGCAUUCGCUUUUCUAUAGAACAUCUUGCGUCUGGGGACAUUUGCAUAUUUAUGUUGGUCACAUCGUCGCGCAUGCGUUGCUGAAAUUGCGGAACUGCUUCAGACUAAGUUUAUUGCUUCAAGGUCUGUCUCUUCUCGGCGAGAGUAAUGUGGACGACUCGAGACCACUGGCGCGCGGGGAUCUUGUGUCUCCCGGUGGUGAUGGCUUUAUCGCUUGGCCGUAGUCCGGUUGCGCACAGCGUUAGCGAGCCCAGCAACAUGUCGUACGUCAAACUCACAGUGGAUAAACUGCUGAAAGGCUAUGAUAUUCGGCUCAGGCCGGAUUUCGGAGGUCCUCCGGUUGACGUCGGGAUGAGUAUUGACAUCUCCAGUAUCGACAUGGUGUCGGAGGUGAACAUGGACUAUACCAUCACCAUGUAUUUCCAGCAAUCGUGGCGUGAUAAGCGCCUGUCCUACACAGGGAUUCCCCUGAACCUGACACUGGAUAACCGUGUGGCUGAUCAGCUCUGGGUGCCUGACACUUACUUCAUAAAUGACAAAAAAUCGUUCGUUCAUGGGGUGACAGUCAAGAACCGCAUGAUCCGCCUGCAUCCGGAUGGAACCGUGCUUUAUGGCCUCAGGAUAACUAUAACGGCAGCCUGCAUGAUGGAUCUGCGUAGAUACCCUCUGGAUGAGCAGAACUGCACCCUGGAGAUCGAAAGCUAUGGUUACACUACAGAUGACAUUGAGUUUUAUUGGAUGGGGGGCAGCUCAGUGACAGGGGUGGACAACAUUGAAUUGCCACAGUUCUCCAUCAUUGACUAUGAAACAUUGUCUACCAAGGCAGUGUUCGCCACAGGUUCCUAUCCUCGUCUGUCACUGAGUUUUAAGCUGAAGAGAAAUAUUGGAUAUUUCAUCCUGCAGACCUACAUGCCCUCAAACCUUAUCACCAUCCUUUCCUGGGUCUCCUUCUGGAUCAACUAUGAUGCCUCUGCAGCACGGGUAGCCUUAGGAAUCACCACUGUACUGACCAUGACCACCAUCAACACCCAUCUCCGGGAGACGCUUCCUAAGAUCCCCUAUGUGAAGGCCAUAGAUAUCUAUCUGAUGGGCUGCUUUGUCUUUGUGUUUUUGGCCCUGCUGGAGUAUGCGUUUGUCAACUACAUUUUCUUUGGCCGAGGCCCCCAGCUACAGAAGAAAGUGGCAGAGAAAGCUGCCAAGAGCAACAAUGAGAAGAGCAGGCUAGAAAGCAACAAAGUGCAGGUGGAUCCCCAUGGGAACAUUCCCCUCACCAACCUUGAUCUGCGCCUCACUGGGGCUGAGAUGCUAGGUGGUCUUGGUGACCCUCGGAACACCAUGUUCUCUUAUGACAGUGCCAGCAUCCAGUACCGCAAGCCUCUUACAGGCCAUGACCUGUAUGGCCGGCCCACCGCUGCCCUUGAGCGGCCAAUCACGCAAAAGAAGAGCCGCUUGAGGAGGCGAGCCUCUCAACUAAAGGUGAAAAUUCCAGACCUAACAGACGUGAAUGCCAUUGACAAGUGGUCCCGUGUCAUCUUCCCUAUCACCUACACCUUCUUCAACCUUGUGUACUGGCUUUACUAUGUCCACUAGGGGGCAUAAACCCACACAGCUCAGCUUGUACUCAUCAGGCCCAUCCGGCUUUCUAAAGCAUUGUUUGGAUGUGGCAUUUGGUUACAAAGGAGGAAGGAGAUGCAAAAGUAGUAUUUUCUCUGUAAAUAUGUUAGAUUAUAGUAAUAAAUAAAUGCAUAUAUAUACAUAAUUUAGGGAAGAUAAAUAUGGUUUAUUUAUCAAUUUAAGUUAUCCUACCUUCUAUAAAAUAUCAAAUAAUCUAGAUAACAUAGUAUUAGUAUAAUUUAAAUAGGACACAGGAAUUCAGCACUUUAUGUUUUAUGGCUCCUGCUUCAUGUGAUAAUUGACCAGUGGGGCUUUGCAAUCGUGCAAAGGUGUUUCUCUGUAGUGAAGGAUGCUGCCUCCUCACACACCAUGCAUGUAUGCACUUCAUACACUCUAAAAUGAGUACUAGCUUGCAAACUCAUCUCACCAUAACUUAUUUGUUUGCAUUACCCAUCAUCUUAAGCCCCAAGAGUAUGUAAGGGCUUUUUACACUACUUUCGAUAAAUAUAUUUUACAAUAAGUAUGUUUAUGGUGGGCAGAGAUCCUCUGUGAACAAAGAAAGGAAGACUGACAUAUAUAAGCUUUAAGUCUUUUGUGGGUGUGCUUGUGUGUGUCAAAACACUUUCUGUACUCCAUUGAAUUCUUUAUUAGUUCGCCAACAGUCACACAUAGCCAUUGUACCCAGUGUCAAAACAGAUGUAACCUGGGAGAGUGCAAAUGUGCAUUUUCUUUCUUUAGACAUCAGGUAAUAAAAGAUGAUGUCACCAUACUUUCAAAUGAGCUGUUCUAGGAAGGAUUAUACCCUCAUCCUUCGAACUGGAACUCAGGGUAAGGUAAUUAGAAUGGAAAUAUCUGAUUUUGCUUCUUUAGUUUUGAACUGGAACUCAGGGUAAGGUAAUUAGAAUGGAAUCUUAUGUCCAGAAGUUAGUAUUUUGCUAACUGCAUGCCUAAAUUAUCACACAUGUGCCAUUACCCUCCAGACACCAACCAAACCAUCUCUUAGAAAAAUUCUGUAAAUUAGAUUUUUCCCUGAACUAGUCCAUUAAGACUUGGUUUGUUAAAUCUGAAGGGUAAAUGCUAAGAGAACAGAGGGAGAAGAAAACAUUCUCACCAUCUCUCCUCUUAAUGCCAUGUUCUGACUUUGCAGUCCUUCCAGAAUUGGGUCCUGUCCCACACUGAGUAUAUACCACGGAGUUAAACCAUCAUGACUUAAGAGAGAGCUUUAUCCUUGCUAGAAAUAUACCUAUACUAAAUGUAGAUAAAUUCGAUAACUUAUUUGUUUGCUUGUAACUGUGUUUUGAGUAUCCACCUUUCUCAUUUACAUUUAGCUUGAAACAUAUUCACUGUGAUUGAUGUGGUACCCAGGCUCACCAUAAAAACAAAAGAAAAACAGAGAUGCAGAUAAGAUCUAAACAAUGUGCUGUUACAUCUUAUGGCUCGGUUUGUGCCUUCAAAUCAAAAUUGAGCCAUUUUACAGGGUUAAACAUACAGUGACGUUGUUGACUCUCAGUGAAUUCACUUUUUAGAGGAAAACAAUAUCUCAAGGCUACCAUGAUAACAAUUAACAGGUUACUAUCAUGGGCUUUUAAGAUGCUCUAAAUUAUAGGCAUUGCAUAGUUUUGUUAAUAUGUAGCUAGUAGAGUAACAUUCCAGCAUGCUGGUGACAAUACAUGACUGGAAAAAGUGCAGUUUGGGGAUUGGCUGUCAACAUGGGCACCAGCUUCUUUUUGGUCAAAUAGAGACCCAAAACACACACACACACAUUACACCAGAAUAUGGGCAUCCAUAAGCCCAUUCUUACUGGUAAUGCAUACAUAUAUUACUUAAGACAUAAGGACAUAAUGGAAAAAUGUUAACCUACAUACCUACCUGGGAUGUCUACCACAGCAGAUGCCAAAAAGAAUUCUAAGGGUCUCUUUAAAAUAUUCAAAUGAUGCUAUUAAUGUAACAGCUGUAAAAUGCUUUUGCUUUUUAUCAUUUUCCCAUGCUAAUAUGCGUGUGAAUGAGCUACUGGAAUGUAUGAGAUGGAGAGUCGUGCGUGUGUGUGUGUCUAUAAGCCUAUGACUGCAAGCACAGUUCUUAAGAAUCCUUUGUCCUUAAAUGACAAAUUUUAAAGGGUUCAAAUAAAAUAUUUCAUCAAACCAG